AUGUCACUCUCUAACCUGCCACCACGGCCUAUUCGGAAUCUCAGCGGAAAAGUCGCAAUCGUUACUGGGGCCGGAGCAGCGGGCGAUGAUCUUGGCAAUGGCAGAGCCAUUGCAUUGCUCUUGGCCGAGGAUGGGGCUUCUGUCAUUUGCGUCGACCGCGACGAGGCUUCCGCCCAGCGAACCGUGGAAAUGAUACAGGAACAAGGCGCCGGCUCUGCGGUCGCUAUUCGGGCUGACGUCACCUCAGACGGCGACUGCUCCCGGUGUGUCGCUACAGCGGUUGCCGAGUACGGCCGCCUGGACAUUUUGGUAAACAACGUUGGGAUACUGGGCCCGUCCGGAACAGCAGAAAACGUUGAAAUAGGAGCAUGGUCUAAAGCUCUCGAAAUCAACGUCACCAGCAUGAUGAUCAUGGCCAAACAUGCUAUUCCUGCGAUGCUCAAGAAUGCGCCCGGCGAUGGCAGUAUCAGAGGUAGCAUCGUCAACAUGGGAUCAGUAGCUGGUCUUCAGGGAGGAACACCAAGUUUGCUGUACCCCACCAGCAAAGGCGCCGUCGUCAAUAUGACGAGGGCAAUGGCGGCCAACCAUGGCCAGGAUGGCAUCAGAGUCAAUUGUGUAUGCCCAGGAAUGGUUUAUACGCCCAUGGUAUACAAUGUAGGCAGUGGAAUGCCGCAAGAAAUGCGAGAAGCUCGGCGCAAUCGCAGUCUACUAAAGACUGAGGGGAAUGCUUGGGAUGUUGCCAACGCUGUUCGAUUCCUUGCGGGCAACGAAGCGCGAUGGAUUACGGGCACAAUCUUGACAGUUGACGCUGGGGCAACAUGUGCAGGCUUUGUUCCGUUGAAUACUUAA